CACAGCCUCGUCCGUAAACGUCACACUGGCGGGAAGUGGCUAAUCCCAGAGCACAAGCAACAUUUAAACCUGAUAUUUCACCUUUAAACACAUUUAUGUCACCGACUGAACCAUCCUGAACACAACACGGUUACAUUUAUCUAUAGCAGAGAUGUCUACUUCAUCUGUCUCCAAGGGCUGCUUUGUGUUCAAGCCAAGUGCCAAGAAGAAGAAGACACACAAAAAAGACUCUUUGGAGGAUUAUUUCUCUCAUGGCUGUGAGGGGGCUGAAAACAGUGAAGUACGAUUUAAACUUUGUCAAGACCUAUGGGACCAGAUUAAAACCGACACAGAGGUUUUACAGGAUGAACUCAACAGGAAAAUCUUGGACAGCUUGCUGGACUUCACGAGGAAGUGCUCGUCCACUCGCCAACACAGUGACUGGGCGUCACAGAUGAGAGCCAGCGAGAUCCCCACAGCGGCUCUUGUGCUCGGUGUGAAUGUGCCGGACCAUGACAUGACCUUCCAGAGUUUGUCUGAGCUCCUCCAGCAGUCUGUCAGUCCUCAUGUGGCCUCAGUACAGGCCAAAGAGUGCGGAGCUUUGAAGCACUUGAUGAAGAGAGUCCUGGAGAGGUUGAUGGGCACUGUCGUGACUGUGGACGAUGAAGAAGAGGAAGAGGCUGAGCAGAUUCAACUUCAUAAGAGCGUGCACUGCUCCCUCAAUACACUCUGUGAUUGGUACAAUACAAAAACAAAGAAAUCCAACACUGUCAGUCCUGGAAAAAAGCGAAGUUCUCCCGUCAAAGACGAUCCACAGCAACCUCCUGUUGUCGUUAUUUUCAAAGAUUUUGAGGCUUUCAACCCAAAAGUUCUUCAGGACUUCAUACUCAUCUGCAGCCGCUACAUCGAACGUCUUCCGCUGAUGUUCAUCUUUGGCAUCGCCACGUCACCCAGCACCAUUCAACACAUGCUGCCCCACUCCGUGUCCUCCCUGCUGUGUAUAGAGCUCUUCCAGUCCCUGUCCUGUACACAGCACCUGGCCACAGUCAUAGACAAGUUGAUCCUGACACCUCACUUCCCUUUUAAACUCAACGGUAAAGUGAUGCAGGUGCUGAUCAGCAUCUUCCUCUAUCACGAUUUCUCAGUGAGAAACUUCAUCAAGGGUGUUCAGCUGGCUCUGCUGGAGCACUUUCACUCUCAGCCUCUAAGUGCUCUGUGCUGUAAGAAGAAGGAGGCUCUGCUCAACGUGAUGCAGCUCAGUAACAGCCACCUGGAGAGGAUCAGGCAUCUGCCGUCCUUCAAGAGGUAUGUAGAGAAGCAGGAACCUCAGGAACAAGGGAAUCUGUUGACGGAUGACGCUCAUUUAAAGGACGUGUGUCAGAACCUGAUAAAAGACCUGCGCAAAUACCACAAGAACUAUUAUCCCGUCCUGAGGUGUCUCCACACUCUGACCUCAUCGUUACCUCGGUACCCCCUCGGAAAACAGGUCAGAGAGCUCCAUUUAAUAUGUCUAGAGAAGAAUGUAUGGGAGAACGAGGAUUACCAGACAGCCAUGAAGCUUCUCAAGAUGCUGGCUAAAGACGAGCUGAUUGCUUUGCUGCAGAGAUGCGUGGAGACUCUGGAGCCCGUCAAGUCAAAGAAGAUGAAGAGCGCUCUUGUCCAGUUAAAGGACCUGCUCGCCAAAUUAAAGCAGUUGGACACAGUAGCUGCUGAAACUCCCCCCUGUGUGGAGGAGUGCAUCACCUCUCCAGUGAAAAACCUACAAAAGAAAACCGAUCUGUUCCAGCUGCAGAAGACGCUGCUGGAGAUGAACGAGUCUCGUAGAGCCAAGAAGCUGAGUCCGUUCGAAGUCCUGCGAAAUGAAGCUCUCGAGUUCAUGGACGGCUUAGUGAAAAGUCACCUGUCUCCCCCCGAGACUCAGACGCUGUAUGAAGUCUGCUACUACACUUCUUCUGCCACUGUGAGACGCCACCUCAACGCAACACCUCGCACCUCCAUCCAGGCUGCACUUAGCAGUCCCUACUAUUAUCUCCAGAAUGAGAGCCUGAAGACUGAGGAUGGGACCGUCUCGAAUGCUGCUCCUGAUAUCUGCAUUGCAUACAAACUCCACCUGGAGUGCGGCAGGCUGAUUAACCUCUACGACUGGCUCGAAGCAUAUGCCACCGUGGUCUCUGCCGCUGAGGGAAACCAUCCGGAUUCUGAGCAUUUCGGGAAAGUGGAGGAAGUCAAACAUGCUCGUUUCAUCCGAUCUGUGUCCGAACUUGAAUUUCUGGGCUUCAUCAAGUCCACCAAGCAGAAGACUGACCACGUGGCUCGACUCACCUGGGGCAGAUGCUGACCAAACCAAAAACACACAGACGUACAACUGUGGCUGCCGUCUCCUCCAUCUAUAUUUAAGCGCUUAUUAAAAUUUGACUUGGCUCUAUAUUUUGCAUUUCCCUCGAAUAAAAUGUGUGUCAAAUAAUCAUGGACAUGUUUUUUAUUUGUAGCUGUAUAUUAAAGAAAACAUUGUACAUCCAUCAUGUAAGCUGCUGAUGUUCCAGCAAACAUCUGUAGUGACUCUACUGAGCCAAUGUUGUUCGACUGAAGGCACAGCUCAAAUACAGAUGCAUAUUUAAUUGAAAAUAAACCACUUUUUCUUCAUAAAAUGUAGUGUAUAAAAAUAACAGAUGGACAAGCUUUGCAGCAGUCAGUCAUUCACCAAAGAGACAUCUUCAGGGAAACGUCAGGAUUUCUUAGUGUAGUUUACUUCAUACCGUUCAUUAAACAGAUGUAUCAAAACAAUUCUGAACUCUUAAAAGAUUUUUAUUGUCUUGUCCAAUAAGUACAUUGGUUUCAAAGUGAUACCAGCAAAACAAAAGUCAAAAAAAUAAAUAAAACAUUGGUAGGGAGAACAAAAAAAAAAAAAAAAAAAAAAAAAAA